GGGGAGAAGCCAACUGAAAGAAGAAACCUCUCUACUAUAUAGAGCUUGAGUCCUUAAAAGUUUAGGACAUUAUCAAAUCAUCUAUUGUGAGCAAAAUUUUAAAUAGUAAGUACAAUAUGGGAGAUGCUAAUAAGUUUGUAGCCAAUUGGGAAGGUGUUAAAUCGGUACCGGAAAGUUAUGUGUAUCCGCCGGGGAAGAGGCCCGGGAACGUCGUUGUUCCGAUGGAGAACGCUAUUCCGGUGAUUGAUCUCUCUAUGCAAGACCGAAAUCUUCUUAUUCGCAAAAUCCUCGAUGCAUCUAAAGAAUUUGGAUUUUUUCAGGUAAUAAACCAUGGAGUGUCGAAAACUGUAUCCGGGGAGACGAUGAGGAUAUUCAAGGAAUUUCACGCGAUGUCAGGGCCGGAGAAGGCGAAGGAAUGCUCUAAAGACCCUAACAGAAGUUGCAGAGUUUACACAAGCAGUGAAAAUUAUAUGAAGGAACAAAUUCACUGUUGGAGGGAUGCUUUGAUUUUCAAUUGUCAUCCUUUGGAGAAAUAUGUUCAUUUUUGGCCUCAAAAUCCCCCCAAAUACAGAGAGGUGGUUGGAGCGUAUUGUGUCGCGAUGAGAAAGUUGGUUUUGGAGAUAUUAGAGCUGAUGAGUGAAGGGUUGGGGCUUGGAAAAGGGUACUUUGGAGGUGAAAUGAGUGAAAAUCCAUUGUUGUUGGUAAACCAUUACCCACCAUGCCCAAACCCUAGCUUGACUUUGGGAUUGAGCCAACAUUGUGAUCCAAGCCUCAUCACUAUUUUGUUUCAAGAUGUCAAUGGCCUUCAAGUCCUCAAGGAUGGUCGAUGGAUUGGUGUUCAACCUAUCGACAACGCCUUUGUGGUUAACAUUGGCUUCGUAUUGCAGGUAAUUACCAAUGGGAAACUAAAAGCAGCAGAACACCGAGCUGUGACGAAUGCAAAGACAUCUCGACAAAGCUUAACAUAUCUAGUUUAUCCAAAAGAUGAAGCGACUAUGGAACCAGCAAAAUGUAUGAUAAAUGAAGCCAACCCUCGACGUUAUCGUUCCCUUAACUUCAAAGAUUUUCAAAGAAACUACCUACCCAGGGCUGUUGAUACUAAGGCAGUAAUGGAGUAUAUUGGCUCCAAUCAGUCUUAAACUGUUUCUUUUCUCUGUUGGGUAGUGACUAUUAUCACAGUGUAAACAAGAAAUAACAUAUAGUAUAGUACCAUCAAACAACACUUUACUACAAAACAACGUUUCACAAAUCAAAUCGACUUGAGAUUACACUAUUAUAGUAAGACUUUUCUUAUGUGACCAUUAGUGUCUAGGCUCUUUUACAUCGUAGAACAAUCUACCGACAUUUCGAUGUCAAAAAUCUAAUUGGACUUUUA